GGACAGGAACGGUUGUCAUUCGCUUGUCCGACGUGAACGACAACUCGCCGCGUCUGGCCCGGAAGCAGUGGGACUUGACGGUGCAGGAGACGUGGGGCGACAGGCAACCCGAGAACACGACACUCCUGGAGAUUGCCGCGGCGGACAGGGACACGGCCAACUACUUCUACUACAGGGUGAUGGAGGAGAGCGGCUGGGGCUGGGAGCACUUCAGAGUAAGAACAGUCGGCGCCGUUGGCCAGCUGUACCCCGUGAAAACCUUGGACUACGAGAACGAGAGGCACCGACAAGGCUUCAAGUUCAUGGUGCAGGUGACGGAUCGG